CGUUCGACAUCGCCGCGCGCUCAACAUUUCCUCGGUAAUUUUACACUCCCAGCGGCCGCAGGACGGUUCAWUUACCUCCAUCGUGAUUUAAGGAAGUCAAUUAGCGCCAAGUGUGCCUAAACGUUUUAAAUCUUAGCSGGGAGAAAUGCGGCACCCGGCGGGUUGGCGCUCUGGUGCGUAAUUGAUUCGGGCUCGGUCACCUUUUUCCGCUCAUCUGGACCCGGGAGAGCUUCAYAUAGGAAGCCACGAGCGUAAACAAUAAUGGAAGACAAGCGUAAGAAGCGCAGCCCCAAGGUGUCCCUCCCCCAGCCGCCUCCUCCGCCGAUCAACCCCCGCAAGCUGUCUGUCCUGCCGGCCAGCAAAAGUGCCACCUUCUCCCUCGGCCUGCCGCAGCCCCCCUCCCCUAAGAACAGGAGCAAGUAUAAAAGAUCCAUAGGAGCUCCGGGACAGCCAAAAGAGGUGUUCACCACCGUCAUGCCCCCYCCGAAGACCACCAGACCCCACAGGGAGAAACCCAGAGCACCUCAGCCAGCAGGACCCAGUAAGGUAGUCCAGUCUUCCCCCCUGCAGCACUCCUUCCUCACAGACGUCUCAGACGUCAGAGAAAUGGAAGGAGGCCUCCUCAACCUUCUUAAUGAUUUCCACUCAGGCAAAUUACAGGCUUUCGGUAAAGUUUGCUCCUUCGAGCAGCUGGAACAUGUGCGCGAGAUGCAGGAGAAGCUGGCGCGGCUGCACUUCAGCCUCGACAGCCACGUGGAGGAGCUCUCUGAGGAUCAGAAGAAGUGCGCCUCCGACCACAACCUGGAACACCUGCUCUGUAACCUGGAGGAGCUCAGCACAUCCAUACAAAAGCUCCACUUGGCUGAGAAUCAGGACCUGCCCAAGACAUCUGGUCCCUGACGGAGCAGCGAGGCUCAGGACCGRGCGCUCAUCUUCUCCACAACAUCCAGCGAAGCCCGGGGUGCCAUGGCAUUAAACCUGCUGCCUUAGAAACUGAGUGGGAAGAUCCUUUUUUUUUAAAUGUAUUUAUUUGAUUUGUUGUUGGAGCUGAGAGGACACACUUUAGCAAAAGUUAUGAAUGCCUCAUUCACAGCACCAAACACCAGAUGGUUUACUGAACAUGUUUUUUUGCGUCGUUUUCUUGAUUUUUCUAAAUUUUGUUUUCAGUACUUUGUAGAUUAGCUUUUGGUUGUCUGUGAAUAUUUAUUAAUUUAUAUUUAAUUUUCGUAUCAUUCCUGAUCUGUUGCUUUUGUUUUUAGAUGGGAUAUGUACCAUAUGUGUUUGUAAAUUGUCAUUGUGUUAAAGUAGCACAUUUAUUCCUCCCUUUAAGACACCGUGGUGUUUGCAGCAGAGCGUUCAGGGUACUUUAGCCAGUAACUUGAAAGGUUUUUGUCGUCGUUGUUUUUUUAUUUUUAAAAGUGUUUAUUUGAAGCUAAAGAAAUUACUGUACAAAAUAUUUCCAUGUGUUGCAACCAUGUUUUCAUCAACCAGCUAAUUUGUAAAUAAGACGUUUGUGUCUUUUUAAGACCCAUUAGCGGCAUCUUUCCAUGCUUUAGAGGUUUUACAGGUAAAAUCCUCCUUUCUGUGCUGGAAAGCACGUACACAGCAACAGCGGGCAAAAAUCUCUGCACAGUGCUAUUUCAAAUUGGCAGCUACUUCCAUUGUUUUAACAAUUAAUAAACACGAUUUUUAUMUAAUUCAGAACCUGGAAGUGUGACUACCGUUGUGUUCCACCUCACACAACCCGAUUACAAUAUUUAGUUUAUAUGUUUGAAACCGUAGUGAAUUUGGUUAUUAUGGCUCGACAAGUUCAUAUUUUAAAAAUCUUAAGAGUACGAGACGUUUUCCCAUCCGAUUCUUUCGUCAGUUUUUUGAUUUCACAUGAAGAGAGGGCUCACUUGAAAUGGGAGCUACUGUCAGCUUUAUACAACACAAUAAAAAGACUUGUUUUCAGCAAUGGUGGCUGUUAAUAAAGGAUUUAUGUAACAUUCA